CUCACAAGGCACUUGACGAUUAUUUGCAGCAAACAUGUCCAGCCAGAAGCAAUUCAUCCAAGCGGACGAUGAUGACCUGGACGACCUCUCCUUCGGCGGACCCGCUACAGCGAACCAGCCCCUGAACCCAUCAUCGUCCUCAUCAUCAAACCAAGCUGGAGGUAGUGGUACCCAAUCUCAGUCGAACGCGUUGGGAGGAAGGAUAGGCUCUACCCCGUCGGGUGGAAGGAGGGAAGAUUGGGGUGGUGUCAGGACGGAGACGAGGUUUACGGGGGAGAGCACGCUGGAUGAGCCUGUUUCGGUGACGAUAAUGCGCGACUUGACGUCAAUCUACGAUAAAUUGCUUCAAGUCCUUUAUCCUCCCAAACAAGGCGGUAGCAACGAGCUCCUGAGGGAAUGGGACCUCUGGGGUCCGCUGGUCAUCUGUCUGGCACUGGCUAUCAUCCUCUCUAUCGACUCACCGGCUAACCAGUCCAUCCAGGUAUUCUCCAUGGUCAUCUCCCUAGUUACGAUCGGUUCGGUCAUCGUUACCGUCAAUGCCAAGCUGCUGGGCGGUCGAGUAUCGUUCUUCCAAUCACUCUGCGUACUCGGCUACUGCCUCUUCCCCCUCCUCGUAGCUUCGAUCGUCUCGUUCGUUCUGCACAACGUCUGGAUCCGACUGCCGGUCAGUCUAGCCGCAUGGGGCUGGUGUGUAUGGGCCUCGAUGAACUUUUUGGGAGGGACCAAGAUCCAGGAAGAUCGAUCUUUCCUGGCCGUCUACCCGCUGUUCUUGUUCUAUUUCGUGUUCAGUUGGAUGAUCAUCAUCCAGUAGGUGGCGUCGACGUUACGCUGGAGGGUUUUUGUAGGCUGUCUCUCCCAGACGAGAAGGGAAACGGGUAUUGGACAAUAGAUGGUAUUUCGAUCGUCGAGCCCGAUUUAACGGAAAGAUGCUCGCGUCGUCGCUGCCUAGUGCCGUGCGCAGCGACUCUUUGAGACCUGCAAGCUCGAUAUUUAGGUGCUUACUCCCCUCGGAAGUGUACCCUGAGCCAUAUUUCUUCAAUCCGCCAUACACUGCGAUGUGACUUGUUUUGGCGGAUUUUUUCCGACUGCAACAGAAGGACGACCGCGCCUCUGCUGCUAGCUGAAUGGACCAUGAGAUGCCUCGAGCGGUAUCGUUUAUCAAGAUGGCCUUCACCGCCAAUGUGAAGCUUGAUCCAGUCGAUGGCAUCCCCGUUAUACGCAGCAAGAGUCUCCUUGAUGGGAUUCUCCAUGACCACGCAUACGCCCUGGAUUUCAAUCUGAUAUAAGUUGGGCAAAUGAU